CAGCUGAAACCACAAUUCUGCUCUGCUCCAAGCUCCAGCUCUAUUGAACUUGCGCCGCCGCCGCGGUGCGGCAGCCAACCGGCGGCGUUUGAGCACCGCGCCGUUGCUUCAAUCAACUGCCGCUUCUCGCUCCGCCAGUCGUCUGAGCUUGCAAUGCCAGCGACGGCGCCUCCGUCCCCGCCCACCCGCUUACAUGCUUCACGCCGCGCGCAGGCGGACGCCGCCGCCGCCGCUCCCUGCCGCACUCGCCGCUGCCUUCUUCGCCUCCAAGCCCCAGCCUCCGCCACUGCCAACGCCGCAGAUCGUCGACGCCACCGUCUCCCGCUGCCCCUCAGACGCCCUCGCGCUCUCCUUCUUCCUCUGGUGCGCCCGCCGCCCCGGCUACUUCCACCCGCCCUCCUCCUUCGACCACCUCCUCCCUGCGGCCGCCCGCCUCGCCUCCCGGCUCCGCACCGCCCCUGCCCUUCUCCGCGACCUCCAGGGCCUCGGCUGCCCCAUCAAGCCCCAGACGUUCCUCCUCCUGCUCAGGCUCUACUGGCGCGGGGGCCUCUACCUGCUCGUGCUCGAGCUGUUCGAGCAAAUGCCGCUCUGGGGAUUCCAGCCCAACGCCUUGGCGCGCAACGUCGUCCUCGACGUCCUGCUCCGGACAGGCCAUUUCGCCGAGGCGGAGCGCUGUUUCCGGGAGACUCCUUCGCCCAAUUACCUCACCUUUGCCAUCGGGCUCACUCAUCUCUGCAGAGCUGGGGACUGGUCAAGGGUGCGGUGUUAUUUCGCAGAGAUGCUGCGGCAGGGGUUUCUCCCAGGCGCUGCUUCUCUUACAACAGUUUUUGCUUUCUGCUGUAAGGUUGGAACCAUGUCUGAGCUCUGGCAGCUACUAUCUUUCGCACAUGUCUCCGGUUGCCAGCUCACCUCGGCCAUGUGGACAUGCUUGAUUGCUCGUCUGUGUCGCGAAGGGAGACUAGAUGAUGCUUAUAGGAUGCUGUCUAAGAUGGUGGGUUCUGGUUCUCCUCCCACGGUGAUCACUUACACGCCUCUUCUCAAAGGUUUCCUGCAAGCUGGGAUGCACGAUCUGGCUAGCGAGCUUAUGGGAUCCAUGGUAUCUGCUGGCUGCAGCCCAGACAUUGUUCUGUACAACGUUCUGAUGGACUGCAUGGCCAAGGCAAGAAGAUAUGAUGACGCCCUGGGCAUUUACAUGCAAAUCCAUGGCAGCCAGAUAAAGCCGGAUGCUUACACUUUAUCUACUUUAGUUCGGGUCUUACAAUUGUCAUCUUAUGAAAGGCUUCUUCCCAGGAUUCCUAGCUUGAUUCUGCGCUCAUGUACUUCUUAUGAUCUUGUAGCCUUCAAUUCAGUGCUGAGUGCUUUAUGCAAGUCAGGUUUUCCAACAGAAGCCAUCCAGUUCUACUUUGAUAUGAUCGAAAAGAACAUCAGGCCAGACAGCUACACUUACGUCAGUUUAUUGCAUAGCCUUUGCCAAUUGGAAAUGGUAAACCAUGCAAUAAAUUUCUACCGCAGUACUGCUAUGAGGGAUCCUGAAUCAAAUUCAUAUGUUCAUGCAACCAUCCUCUGUAUCCUUGUUAGGCAAGGUCGGAACCUUAUGGCCUUGAGAAUUUUAAGGGAGGCUGUACGUGAAAAUUGUGCUCUUGAUGCUGUGUGCUACACUAUUGUUUUACAUGGUCUUUUCCAAGCUCGUCUGGUGGAAGAGGCUCGCAUGCUAUUUGACCAGAUGAAACAAUUAGGGAUGGCAUCUAACACUUGUACAUACAACGUAAUGCUUCGUGGACUUUGUAGGACCAAGGAUAUUCCUGCUGUCAAACAGUUGCUAACAGAAAUGGAACAUGCUGAUGUUGAGAUGGACAGCAUAUCAUUCAACACAAUAGUUGUGUUCUUAGUUAAGUCACGGCUUAUUGACUCAGCUGCUGCAAUGAUCAGAGAGAUGCUUAAUCUAGGCAUGAAGCCUAGUACCAAAGCUUCCUCAUUACUUUCUCAGUCCAUUGGCUACAAAUUUGCCCUGGAGGAUAAUACCACAACCACUGUUGAUAAUGAUGGUUCUGAUUCAUCCAGUGAUCUGCUUGUAUGCUCAGCUUCAUAGGCAAAAUUAUUCAGCUGAACAAGCAUACUGUUACAUAGGUGCAUAAUUGCUUGCUACACAGUACUUAAGGAUGGGAAUUCCACUGGCUGCUUAGGUCAAGUGGCUGCCCGUCUGACGUGUGUGGUGGAUCCUCACAUGCUACUGCUGCAGCUAAUUCUUGUUUCUUUUGCAGUACUAUCUGCCAGAGUCCAUCUAUCAAUUGUGGUAUUCUUUUAGGAGGAAAAUCUACUCGGAUGUAGUGCUUGUGGCAAUCUAUACAACUUUCUGUUGCAUGUUGAUUGUUUAAGUGGAUAUGACUCUGUUAGUCACCCUUUAUACUGCAGGGGAACAGAGCUAUCGGCACAGUUCUAUUUGGUGCAGGAAAUAUUGGAUCUCUUUGCGGACUUGCAGUUUAAGUUAGGGGGAUUACACUUCAAAGAUUUUGCAAUGCAUAGAGUACAGGUUUGCUUCAGACCCCAAAUGUUGACCAGUUGUUUUCAGUAAUUUCAUGUACAAUCAAGUAACAGCUAUAAGCUUCAACCCAUACUGGUUCAAGGGAAAGAGAGCGACCCAUCUAACAGUCAGUUGGCAACUUAUGAUGGAGGCUUGAUCGGAAAUUCACAAUCUAGAGCAAUGAGGUGUGAUGGCGAGUAGUCCAGACUAGUGGGUGUCCUGCCUUUCUUGCGCCUUUGCAAACUGUAACAUUGGAGCAAGCACCCGUAAGCUGAAAAACACUUCCCCUAGAAGCUUUCUGUAUUGUCAGAUUGUGCGCUAAAUCAUUUGGGUGAAGCCAACAACAAUGCUGACAAGUUUGAUCAUGAUGAUGGUCAGGGGUGGUGGUGUUCAUUUCACUAUUUAUAGGUCUGCGAAUUAAUCUUGCUUAUCAUUCCACUUGCUUUCGUAGUGUGUUUGAGAUCUCAAUUGCUGCAGUCACUAUCAGAAGACCUUGCAGAGAUGAACUCUAGUUUGAUCAAGGAGCCAAAAAAUUUCAUUUGGCUUUGGCCACCACUCCAUGAGUGCAAUACCAGAACAGUGGACCUCCAACACAGCCAAGGGGGCAAAGAGUGAUGGGUUGAUAUGUAUGUGAGGAAUGUGAUUGUGUGACAUCAAGUGUUUGCACAAUGAGCUAUCCUAGAAAAGGGAUAGCACCGGAAGGAAGCAGUAGACAAUGAGGGAGAUGGAUGUGAAGGGAUAGAUACCAACUAAGGUAUGCAAUCCUUUGGAAAGAUUGGCUAUUCUUUCGAACGAAGGAUCCACAAUACAUUACUCAGGAGCAGUAAUGCUUGAGGGGGAUCUAGUGCACCAAAUGGUGUCCUUGUUUUGAUGCUUCAUAUGCCACAUAAGGAAGAAGGCUAGUGUGACCAGUUGAUUCAGGAUGAGGAGCCUUCACAGGAGGAAAGAGGAACAAUGAGAAAAGCACAACAAAAUGUCAGUGUUAACCAACAGUUGCUGUUAUCGUUUAAAUGCGAUAGAAUUCGAUGUCUAGUACCAUGCAAAUUUGGAUUGCCUUUGGUACCUUUAUUUUUCUGCCAAAGUUGUUUAAGUACUAUGUUAAGAAAACAAUGCGUCUGUACAAGUUGUUAGGAAUAAGAUCAUUGACAACACGCAUGCCUGAUGGAAGUGAAAUUAACCAUACAUUUGUUCGUGUUCUGUUAGGUUCAGAACUAGGUCAGUUUCAUGCAAAAUAGUUCAGCUGUUGUCUUCAUGGUGGAUAAACA